AUGGCGAUUGUUCAAGGUGUCAUAUUUGCUCCGAUGUUACUUGAAUCACUAGUUGGUGGCGGGUCAUCUUCAACAGACAAUUGUAUCAAUAAUGUUCCAUUGGAUAAUCCAGAUUAUAUAUCUAAUAUACGAAUAUCACAUGAUUCUAUUUGUGAUUAUCCUAUUAGUGAUUUAAAUAUAUAUGCAAAUGGAUGUCAUUUCAAUGUAUUACCAUCAAUCGAACCUGUGAAAUUCUCUAUAGAAUUUACAUCACCAGCUACACUUACAACUAUAUCAACAGGUUCACAAACAAAUAUCAAUACAUUUACAAUACAUUUAUUUGAUAAUGAUGGUACAGAUGUUGAAUAUACUUCAACUAUGGUGAAUGAUAUACCUGUUAUAACAGAUAUUCCAAAUAUUCUUGUUACUAGUUUUAAUAUAAGUAUAUUAAGUACAAUUGAUGAACAAUCACCAAAUACUGUUACAUUUGGUUUAACAGCAUGUUUUCCAUUGACAAUCAAUUCAAAUGAAUCCGCUAUAUCAUCGAAUAAUUGCCCACAAGUAUCCUUAACAAAUCAUCCCGAUGUUGAAUUGAUUAUAUUCGAUGAUGGAACUAAUGUGACCAGUGAUCUUGAUCCAGCUGGUAAUGGAUGCAAUCUUAUUUCAACUGGUACUACAAUGACUGUUCUUUUACAUAGUGGUAUGUCAGCAGUAUUCUCAUCGAUUAGUAUAUUAUCACCGAAUGUGAAUCAGAUUGAUGUAGCACUUUUUGAUGAAAUAUCAAAUCAACCGAUAAUACAAUCACCACAAGGAUCGAUACGAUCAUCUAUAACUCUUAAUCCAAGUAUAAAAAAUUUACCUUCAAAUGCAGCAGCUACAUUAGUUAUAACUUUCUUAAAUACUAUCGAUGGACAACCACCACGAAAUGUUAAAUUAUUAGUUAAUGCUUGUUUUCCAACAACAAAUUAUAAUUCUUCAUCCAUUGAAUUACCAAAUGUCUGUAUUGAUUCGUAUCGUCCAUCUCAAGUAAUAUCAAUCGCCAAUAUGUCAUUACCGCCAGAAUAUUAUUCAUCAGAUCAAUGUGUAUGUAUUUGUCAAGCAAACAUUAUUUUACCAACAUCAAGUAAUAUUAUUCAAUAUAAUCCAUUAUCUCAUACAAUCAAUAAACGAUAA